GGUUCAAUUAUCUUCCAAUUUUCCGUGAUCACAAUAUUUUUUGUGAAAGAAAAAGAAGAAUUUAUUUAUUAUAAAAAUGGAGAAAUGUUGCCUUCAGGUUUUGAAAAUGAAACUUUAACUCUCAAAGCAACAGGCAAGAGCCAACCAUUUGUUUAUGUUACUCUCAGCUAUCCACAUUUCCUCUGCCUUCUACGCACCCUAAUCUCUCUUUGUCAUCUUCUACCGGUUUCUUCCAUUUUGUCAAAGCUCAAAUCUAACCUAUCUGCCUUUCUCUCUUUUGCAUUUAAAGUUUGAAAAACAAAAGGCAAAACUGGGUCAAACUCUUUUUCUUUUUUGAUCUCAAGUUUUUUAUUCACAAUCUACCUCUAACAAGGCAAAGCAGGUUCUUUUUGAGCUAACAUGGAGAAAAGCCAAGAACUUGCACUGACCCAGAUGAGGAAAUCAGUUGAAAAGCUUGGGUUUUCAACAGAGAAAUAUGGGGAUCCAACAUUGAUGAGGUUCUUGAUUGCAAGAUCAAUGGACACAGAAAAAGCUGCAAAGAUGUUUGUUCAGUGGCUGAAAUGGAGGUCUUCUUUCGUUCCAAAUGGAUUCAUAUCAGAAUCUGAAGUGCCUGAUCAAUUGGAAGCCAGAAAGAUUUUUUUGCAAGGUUCAUCAAAGAUAGGAUAUCCAGUCAUGGUUGUCAAAGCAUGCAAGCAUUUUCCUCCCAAGGACCAUCUCCAGUUCAAGAAGUUUGUGGUUUAUCUUCUGGACAAAGCCAUAGCAAGCUCUGUGAAAGGAAGAGAAAUAGGAAAUGGAAAGUUGAUUGUCAUUCUUGAUUUUCAACAUAUUACGUACAAAAAUGUUGAUGCACGUGGAUUGAUAACCGGAUUUCAGUUCUUACAGGCUUAUUUCCCAGAGCGCUUAGCAAAGUGCUACAUUUUGCAUAUGCCACGGUUUUUUGUUAGUGUUUGGAGGAUGGUUUGUCGCUUCAUUGAGAAGGCAACAAUGGAAAAGAUUGUAAUUGUGACCAAUGAAGAUGAGAAUAAAUCCUUUAUAGAGGAGAUAGGUGAGGAAGCUGUGCCAGUCGAGUAUGGCGGUAAAGCAAAGCUGACAACUAUCCAAGAUGUAGAAGCGCCCCCAUUGGAAGGUUGAUCCCAACAAAAGAUGCAGGCAGCAAGUGUUCAAGUUGACUAAUAUGGUUACUGCAGCCAUUGAAGGGUUAAACUUCCCUUAAAAAAUCAAUGCAGCUGCCAUUAAUCCACCUAAUUCGAAUAUUAUGUAUGAAUCAUAGUUCCAACAUGAUGUUGGCUUCAAUACAGUAUCUUAUCAUCUUAUUCUAUAGCUACCAUUUGAAAAAUAACCUUUUCAUGACCUUCUUUAAUGGAAAUAUCAU